CCAUUUCUGCGAAUCAAUAUUUGUUAGUAAAAUGACUGCUGGCAAAACUUUGGUCUUUAAACCACGGGCAUGGGCGGUCUUCAUUCUUGCAGCCCUCAUGUCUGGAUUGUGCGCGGGACACGAUAAACACAUCGAACCAAGAAAGGUCGUUACUGCCAUAGACAGGUCAGGUUCAAUAAGCAUUGAUUGUGGGGUGAAUGAAGAUUAUAAGGAUGACCAAAGUGGAAUCUAUUACCAGUCAGAUUCGGAUUUCGUUACAACUGGACUGAAUAAACUGGUAUCCCCACAAUACACUGCUGGCAAUCCUCAACUUGUGCAGAUGCUUAAUACCCUGAGAAGUUUUCCAGAGGGAAAGAAGAACUGUUACCACCUUAAACCUAAACAAGGUAGAGGCCACCACUACAUGUUCAGAGUCUUCUUCACUUACGGAAAUUAUGAUGGCCUGCAAAAACCCCCUAUGUUUGACCUAUACCUAGGCGUGAAUUAUUGGAGCACUGUGAGAUUAGAGAACGGGAAUUGGUACUGGCACUACGAAAUCAUCCAAUUUUUAAGUACCGAUACAAUAGAUGUCUGCUUGGUGAAUAAUGGCUCCGGUAUUCCAAUUAUUUCUGGGUUGGAACUUCGGCUUUUGAACGACUCCAUUUACCAGACUGAAUCAAAAGCACUCAAAUCACAAGGCCGUUAUGACGUCGUGCCCGAUGACGAUUAUUCCACAGCAAGGAACCCAACAGCGCCUGCUUUCCUGAACUUGUAUGCCGUCAUCCGCUGGAAAAUUCCGUUCAAUUCCUAUCUCGGAAAUUCAAAUCAUCUUCUGAAAUUGUCUGCAAAUAUGUCUUGCUCUUUUUGGUAUGUUCGUGAAGAGAAGAAGGGUGACGAGCUGGAGGAGAGUGGCAAGGCCGCUCCAAGCACUUGUAGCCCAUGCCUUUUCAUUUUCUCUCCCCUUCCCCAACACCAGAUCUGGGUUCCUUGGCAAGUUCCCACUUGCUCAGCUUCAUGCUCUGUGCCGGUGAAACUGAUGAUGAUGAUGAAGAGGAAGAUGAGGCUUCUAAUGAUUAGGAUGAGGAUGGAGGUGAGAGGAAGAUGGAUCUAGUCAGGACGGUGAACGGCAAGCCAGAAGGAGAGAGGAGAGGAGAAAGGGUGCGUUAGGAGUUAACAGAGAUUAACGGAUAGUGGGUGUGUGUAACGGAGUGUGUAAGGAUGGUGUGUAUGUAUCAUGGUCCAAUUGUGUUAUUAUGAACUUUAAUAUAUAUUUUUGAACUAU